AUGCGUCUGCACUACAUGCCCAAGUCGCCUUGCAUGCACAUUCAUCUGCCACAUUUCUGAGUUUCUGCCAUUUUGACCAACGAUUUUGCUUGCUUGUCCUGGUCUUUCCGGGUGCAACAGGCGUGCAGCUCUGUUGGGGCUUUGUUGAUGCAACGACCCCUUUCUGAUUUGCCUGGACCCUUGCUUGCAGCUGGCCGACAGACUAUCCUCCCUCCGCCGCUAGCACAAUGUCUGCACCUCGACCAAGUCCCAACAAUGAAGGGCAGGAGGGUGACGGUGACCUGGCGCAGUCGUUGAAGCGCCUGACCAUUACAACAUCGUCACCCGCCGAAACGCCCCGCUCUCCUCGUCCCGCCGCCGGGUCCAAUCCGCUCAAACCAGUCGCCGGCAUGUCGCCCAGCUCCCCCCGCCCUAGCAAUGCCAUGCGCAGUCCCCUCCGCAGCUCCUCGGCUUCGAUCGUCCCAUCUUCCCGAUCUGCCACUCCAACUUUGCUGCGGAAGGCAUCCAUGAACUCGCUCCAUUCUGCCAACGGCGUACCACCAUCCCGUCGCCCAAGCACCGCCGGAAUCCUGUCGCCCAGCAGACCUAGGUCGGGCAGAUCGCCUUUCAGAAGCAUGUCGCCUGAGCCGCCAGAGACGCCCAUCCCGACCCCACAUUCCGUCGCCAGCUCGCACUUCAAGGUCGAGCUCGAGAUCCACCACGGCCCAGAGCCCACCCGCCGGGCUGAGACUGUGGUGAUUCUCCAGGACGCCUGUUAUGGCCAUCGGUACUCCCGGCCCCGCGCGUCACGCGCCCAGCUCAGCACAAUCGUCGAGCGGCCCGAGAGGAUCAAGGCCUGCGUCUUGGGUGUGUCGGCGGCGUAUGUGCGACUCGGCGAGCGACAUCAGGAUGGAGCCUUUCCCCUACACCUCGAGUCAGACGCUGGGUCAUUGCCAUCAAUCCCCUUCCGGAUUCAGAAAUCAACCAGGCGGCUCUCGCUGGGAUCCCAGACAGUGACCAACGUACAUGGUACCAAAUGGAUGGAGGAGCUCAAGAUUAUGUGCGAUACAGCCGAGGCGAAGCUCGCCGGGGGCGGUAAAGAAUUGCAGCGUCCAGAUAUGGAUCGAGGCUUGAAUGCGGAAACACCGCAAAAGUUCCAUGAAGGCGACCUGUACCUCUGCUCCGAAUCUCUCGAGGCUAUUGAAGGUGCUCUUGGGGGAGUAUGUGACGCGGUAGAUGCCGUCUUUCGACCGCAAGGACCUCGGCGGGCUUUUGUUGCCAUCCGGCCGCCGGGGCACCACUGCUCUGCAACCCACCCUUCUGGCUUCUGCUGGAUCAACAACGUCCACGUCGGCAUCAUGCACGCCGUGCUUAGUCACGGCCUGACGCAUGCGGCCAUCAUCGACUUCGACUUGCAUCAUGGAGACGGUUCCCAGUCCAUUGCAUGGCAGCAUAAUGCCAGGGGCGUCGGUUUGGCCAAGAACGCGGCGUGGUGGAAGAAGACGUCGAUCGGCUAUUUCAGCCUGCACGACAUCAACUCGUAUCCGUGCGAGAUGGGUGAUGAGGAUAAGGUUAGGAACGCCAGUAUCUGCAUCGACAAUGCGCACGGUCAGAGCAUAUGGAAUGUCCACCUGCAGCCAUGGAAAACCGAAGCCGACUUCUGGGCCUUGUAUGAGUCCAAGUACGCCGUCCUGCUCGAGAAGACGCGUGCUUACCUGAAGAGCCACACGGAGCGGUUACGGGCCUCAGGUCUGAACUCGAAAGCCGCCAUUUUCCUCUCGGCCGGCUUUGACGCCAGCGAGUAUGAGGAUCCUGCCAUGCAACGACAUCAUGUCAACGUGCCGACUGAAUUUUACGCCCGCUUCGCCCGCGAUGUGGUCCGGAUUGCGGCAGAAGACGGUACGAGCGUGGAAGGUCGAAUCAUCAGUGUUCUGGAAGGCGGGUACAGCGACCGUGCCCUCUGCUCGGGCGUUUUCAGCCACCUCUGCGGUCUCGCCGGCGAUGGGCCGAGCAACAAGGACCAGGAGUACACCAGCUCUGCCUCUGAAACCAGCCACAAACCUGCUCAGCAGCGCGCUCGCAAAGAUUCCUGCGCGAGCGAGCGGGGGAUUCGUCGAUACGAGUCGUCAUGGUGGUCGGCUGCGGAGCUUGACAAGCUUGAGGCCACCCUGGCAGCCGCCGUACCAGUGCCGAGACCUGUGCGCAACUCUCCGCCGCCGACCUAUUCGUCGCCUACUCAAGCAUCGCAGGCAAAAGUGGUGAACCUGAAGAACCGGCGCAGCGUAUCCGGGCUUUCGUCAGCCUCGAGCAUUGGGGUGCCGAGAGUUUUCUUCGAACCGCCGCCACCUCCGGAUGUUCCCUGGACCGUCGCCGCCCUUGAGCUUAGCAAGCUUCUCAUCCCCACUGAACGUCAGACAACCAGCUGCACGGCGGAAGAGCUCAAUGCAGAGGCCACGAAGAUCCGGCGCGAGCGUCAGGCUGCCCUGGCGGGGUCCCUACCGCCAAACGCCGCCCGUACUCAAGAGGAUCGGCCGCCUACCAGGAUGGGACUGAGGGAACGGAAACCAAAGCCGCUGCCCGUUGAGGACGACGUUGAUCGCAAGAGCAGGCGGAAGACCGUGGCGGGACCAGGUGUCCUAGCAGCCGAAGGCGCUUCCGGAGGACCUGGAAAACAGGCAAGGUCAUCACGACGCCUUAGUGUGGCGUCGACCGUGGUGUCCUCCGAAGGCUUGGAUAGCGGGCCGCCAGUUCCUCCGACCGUACCUAUCGAUGGCAACUCCACGGCUGAUGUCGCCAGCAUGCCUGAGUCCUCGACCGGCGUUGCAGCACCGAGCGGCAGCGCUCUCAAUGUCAAGAAAACGAGGGCUCCAGCGAAGAAAGAGGCAAUCCCUCGCGCACCAAAAACGGCCAAGAAGCCCACAACUACAACAACUUGUCAGCGGUCGCAAAAUGCUUUCACGGGGCCGACUGGGGCCGCAUCAUUUGACAAGACUGGUAGUGAAAUAGACAAACUGGCCGGGGAGAUGAAGAAGAUCAAGAUCACCGUCGUAACCAAGGCGCAAAAGGAGGCCCGCGAGCGCGAACGUCUAGCGCGAGGGAAACUCUCCAAUGACUCAAAGACAGAGACUGCGUCCGUGCCCUCGCCGCCAUUGGAGAACAAACUUCCCCUUCACCCCUCCCGUCCUUCAGAUACACCAACAUCCGACCCAUCCUCCGCAACCGCAGCAGACACCCAACACCUCCCUUCACCUACCCCAUCUCCCGCACCAGCACCGCACACGGUUCAAACCCCUAUCCAUCCUUCUACUCCAUCGCUCGACGAAACUCCGAUUCCAACAGUCUCCGGUCCUUUAAUCUCCCCGCCAAUGACCGACCCGCGCCGUGUCCCGCUCCCAGCCAGUUCGCCGCCGCCACCACCACAACCGCCAUCCUCAUCAGGCCUGAGCAGCCCUAUCCCGGAAGUACCAGCUGUAGCACAGAAUGCAUUCAUCCCGUACCUGCCUGAUGGGCCACCGCCUGUAUCACUUGAGGGAGACCAGCAUUACCAACAGAAGCCGCUACAGUGGCUCCCGCCAAACGUGUGCGCUACGCCAAUUCAGGGGUUGUCGCCGGUCAAAAGGGGGGAUUUGCCUGUGUUUACGAGCACAGGGGUCAUUCCUUUUGCGCCGUCGCCGUCUAGGCCUGCGGCGGGGACGGGUACCGGGACGGGUGAGGCUGCUGAAGCUGGCGGGGUGGGUGCUGCCUCUGCCGGAUCUGAGAAGCGUGUUGCAUGAUGCACAAGUGGAGGAGGUGCGCGAGUCGACGGAUCGUUGAUCAUGGACCUGUGGUACGGGCUGUGAGUGACGGUGUGACUGCAGCGUAUAUACUGUUGUGUAAGAGAGAGAAGAACAGCGGGUGGGAGCAUUCUGUUUAUGUAUUGUAUAAGGUACCUCGCUAGCAGGCGUAGCUGGGGGCGACCUCUCCUGAGCCCACGGCUCGGUGUUUUCUUUUCCCUUUUUCUCGGCUGGGCAACGUUAGAAGCCAUGUCUGUACCAGAUUGGCUGCGGUUAUGAAAUGGGUCCCUCUGAUGGAAUAGGGUUGUGUGCUCUAUUUUGUUGAAGAGGUACAACCGUAAUAGCUCCUUUGUCUAGCUGUUGGUUUUCGGGUUUGGUUUGUGGGUGUAACAGGUCGCUGUGAUACCCUUUGUUCUUUUGUUAGCCGUCUACUCGUCUUCUUACGUUUACCAACCAUAACUGAGAUACGAUGGUUGCCUGUGUAUGAC